AUGGAGUUCGAAGUCCCUAAUAAAAGAAGGAAUGAUAUGGAGGGUCGGGAUGGUGUUAAUAUUAAUAUUUGGAAUGAUCUGUGGGUUGCGGAUGAAGAAGGAAGGUUCAUUUUGAGCGACAUGGUAGAUGAAUUAAAUCAUGUGGGUGACCUUGUUGACCCCAUGAGUAAGGAGUGGAAUGUGGAUUUAAUAGAGGAGAAGUUUAAUGAGCGGGAUGUACGAUGUAUUCUAGCCAUCCCGUUGAGUUGUAGGGAACAAUGUGAUGAGAUAACAUGGGCAUAUUCAAAUGACGGGGAAUAUUCAGUCAAGACUUCCUAUAUGCUAGGAAAGGGAUGUAACUUUGACACCUUUCACCAAGCUUUCAUUGAAAUUUGGAGUAUGGAGGUGAGCCCGAAAGUCCGUCACUUUUUAUGGAGGCUUUGUACUGAAACCUUGCCGGUGAAAGACUUACUCAAAAAACGUCACUUGAGGGAUGAAGCGGUUUGUCCUUGGUGCCAAGAGGUGGAGACAACGGGCCAUGCCAUAUUUGGGUGUGUGAGGGUAAAGGAAUUAUGGGAGGCUGUUGAAUGCAUGAGUAUGAUUAAUUGGGAAGAAGCAGGUACAAUGUGUGACCUUGUUGAUAAAUGGAAGGUAAUUGACGCCAAAACAAAACAAAGAGGUGACUUUCUUGCAUGGUGUAUAUGGGGAGAAAGAAAUAUGAAGGUGUUUGAAAAUAAAUUGACACCAAAUGUGGUACUUAUUGAGAGAGUGAGUAGGCAUGUGGAUGAUUAUGGGAAGUACGCUGCUCGCAUUUAUAAUGUUGUUAUGCCUAGGACUCAACCAAGCCCAAAGACUUGGAAAGCACCACCUGAUGGUGUACUCAAGAUUAAUGCUGAUGCCUCGCUAGUGCAGGAAGGGCGGGUGGGAUUAGGUGUAGUUGCAAGGGAUAGUGGUGGUCAUGUAGUGUUUGCAGCAACUAAAAGGGUGAAGGCUAUAUAG